UGCAAAUCCUCCCUCUCAUGCAAACCCACUCCAAAAGGAAGAAUCUUUCGAGUUAAAUCCUUAGAGCAACUCAGUUUUGUUUGUCAAUUCUCGUCAAAUCCACUCCAAAGCUUCAAUCCCAGCGAAUAACCAACCCUUCAUCCCCGCCAAAUCCAAAUCCAAAGCCUUCAAUCCCAAUGAAGAACCAACCUUUUAUCCCUGCCAAAUCCAAAACCUCAUUGCAGAGAAUCUGUUUCUUCCCCAAGACAAACCCACGACGCGACAAUUUGACAGUUCAAACACCUUUGGUACAUCAAUUUGAUCAACGAAGAACCAACUCUUUAUUCCCGCCAAAUCCAAAACCUCAUUGUAGGGAUGCCAAUCUGUUUUUUUCCCUAAAUUGAUUUUACUCUUAUUGCUUAGAUUUAUUGAUUAUGUUUUAACUGUACAAGUACACCAUAUGUUUGAUAAAAUGACUAAUAAGUGAUUUGACCACUCUUGUACAUUCUGUGAGUAUAAGAGUUUUGUUAAUUUGAUACAAUGUGUGUAUGUACUGGAGUACAUGCUGAAUGGCAGCCUUGAGAAGUGGCUCUAUUCUCUUGACUCUUUCCUGGAUAUAGGGAAAACGUUAGGGAUAAUGAUAGAUGCAGCACUUGCACUUGAUCAUCUCCACCAUAAACCAUUGCUUCACUGUGAUUUGAAACCAAGCAACGUUCUGCUAGACAAAGAUAUGGUUGCACACUUGAGUGAUUUUGGCAUUACAAGUUAUUCCAAGGAUGAGGAGAGUGUGGCUCAAACCAGCAACCUAGGCACGAGUGGGUACUCAGCUCCAGAAUAUAGAUCGAAAGGAUCAGUGUCGGCAAGAUCAGAUGUUUAUAGUUUUGGGAUUACAUUGAUGGAAACAUUUACAAGGAAAAGGCCCACUGAUCAAAUGUUCGGUCCGGAUUUGAGCUUGAGAGAUUGGGUAAAAGAGGCCUUGGAUAGCAGUACUGUUCAUCAAGUUGUGGAUGCAAGGUUGAUAGAGGAAGAGGAAUUUGAGGCAAAGGUGAAGUGCGCGUCAUCCAUCCUGGAACUGGCAUUGAAAUGCUCUGAAGAAUCGGCUGAAGAAAGGAUGGAUAUCAAAGAUGUGGUGGUAAAGCUCAAGACAAUAAGAGACGAUCAAAUCCCAAACAUUGAAUGACGAUUGGGAAAUGUUGUGUAUUCAAGUGUGUGUGUAAGUGUGAGUGUGUGUCCCAUAUUAGUUGCGUAAAGAGAUGAAAGUGGGUAUUUAUAUUUUUCUCCCUUAUUUGGAUUUGGGUCCAAAAGACACUCAGAUUUUGUGAGUGGGCGAAUCCCUUGGCUCAUGUCGCAGCUAUAGCCGCCGUCUGAUCGGGGGGUGGAUGGGUUGGGUCAAUUUAUAUAUAUAUAAUA